AUGCCGACCAAAGAACCCCGCCCUCUAAUUGUCGGUUCGGAAAGCGGUCCCGAAUCUCCCUAUCCGUUACGAAUGGAAGGGGAGGUGGUUUCUGGUUUUGGUCGCGGAUCUAAAGAACUCGGAAUCCCCACCGCCAACAUCCCCGUCACAAACGUCCCCUGGAUCGACACCGCCCCCUCAGGCGUCUACUUCGGCCACGCCGCCCUGGACCUCCCACCCACGCACCCCGAACUCCAAACCCCCUCCCCAUCCACCCCUCCCACCUCCCAAACCACCCGCCUCUACCCCAUGGUAAUGUCCAUCGGCUACAACCCCUUCUACCGCAACACGGUGCGCUCCGCCGAAGUACACCUGCUGCACAAGUUUUCCCACGAUUUCUACGGGAGCCACAUGCGCGUCGAGAUUCUGGGGUAUAUUCGUCCGGAGCUGGAUUAUGUGGAUAAGGAGUCUUUGGUUCGGGAUAUCGAGAUGGAUAUUGAGGUUGCGAGGGGGAGUUUGGCGAGGGAGAAUUGGGGGGUGGAGAAGAGGUAUGCUGGUUGUUGGGGGGAGAGGCGGGGAAGAGUGAAAUAG